AUGUAUUCUGAUUAUUCAGAAAAACCAUCUUUUUCUCCAACCAACUCUUCUAAUAAAAAAAUAGUUUGGUGGGUAGAAAAAGAAAGAAAGCCAAAAACGGACGAUAUAGGCGUUAGUCGUGAUUACUUAGAAAAAUUACGUGAUUUAUCGGUUUCCUUCUACGACUUAACGAUAACCGUGGGCUGGGAUGACGUUUUUAAAACCAUUGGUUCGGUGGCUCUGGCUGCUAGUUAUUUUACUCCAAUCGGUCCUGUAACUGGGGCAAUUACUGCUGGUGCUCUGGCUUAUGGAGGGACAGUAGAAAUUAUCGGUCAUGCUACCGAUGACGAGGACAUCAAGAAAGUCGGAAGGUUUGUUUGGACUAUGGCUAAGGAUGCUGCUAUCGACGGCAUUGCUGGUGCUAAAGUUGGAUGCGAAGCUUGGAGCAAAGCCGAAGCAGAAACUUACAGAGCUGCCGGCAAACCCUAUAUUCCCACUCCUGACCCCAAAGACACGAUUUUCUUUGCAAAAAAUGCUAAAUUUUUCGCCAAAG